CAGCGCUCCGCCCGCCGGGGCCAGGCCGGGCCGAGCCGGGGCGGCGGGGAGCCGAGGACAAAGCUGGGCUGAUGUGAGAAACCUGCAGGCGUUUCGGUGCCGGAGUCAGCGGCUGGAGCGGGGACACCGGGGUGCUGGCCCCAGCGGCCCCCCGACACCGUCCCACCCCGGAUCCAGUGCUCCCACAACCGCCGCAGCCCCCCACACGUCGCCGAUACUGGUGGCCACCGGAGACCGGAGCUAGAGACAUACUCCAGGGCUGAUGCUACCAAAACUGAAUCAACGGCUUAUUACUGUGCAAUCCAGGCGCACCCAUCCUCCCCUCGAGCACCCUCUGUCCCCGCAGGGCACGGAGCCAUGAAGCUGAAUGAGCGCAGCCUGGCUUUUUAUGCCACCUGCGAUUCCCCGGCCGACAACGCUGGCUUCCUCUACAAGCGUGGCGAGCGGCACACGGCGUACCAUCGCCGCUGGUUCGUGCUGAAGGGCAACAUGCUCUUCUACUUCGAGGAACGGGAGAGCCGGGAGCCGGUGGGAGUCAUCGUGCUGGAGGGUUGCACCGUGGAGCUCUGCGAUUCGGCCGAGGAAUUCGCCUUCGCCAUCCGCUUCGGCGGCACCAAGUCCCGCACCUACGUGCUGGCGGCGGAGAGCCAAGCUGCCAUGGAGUCGUGGGUGAAGUCGCUCUCGCGGGCCAGCUUCGACUACAUGCGCUUGGUGGUGAGGGAGCUGGAGAAGCAGCUGGAGGAGAUGCGCUGGGGGCCAGCCGGGGGGGGCGGGGGCAGCAAGGGGUCACCCAGCUCCUGGAAGCCGAAGCCCUCGGGGCUGGAGCAGUCGCCGGGGCAGCUGCCGGCUCUGCCCACCAUCUCGCCGAAGGAGAACGGCUGCGCGGUGUGGAACAACGUGCCGGGAGCGGACCGGCCCCCCGAGAGCGAGGGGAACCCACGGCCGCCGCCGGUGCCGCCACGCAGGUGGGCGUCGAGCAGCGAGGCGGGCAGCGCCGCGGCAGCUGCAACGGAGAGCCCGUCCACCUUCUGCCAGCUCCACCAACGGUACGGCUGGGAGGUGGCCCGGCUGCGGCAGGACUGGCUGGAGAGGCGGCGUGGCCCCCGGCCCUGAGAGGUGACCAAGCCCUGGGGACCUGCCGGGACCUGUGACAGGGAGGAGGUGAUCAUUUGUGGUGCCGCCUUGGCUCCCUCCUCACUCUGGGAUGCGCAGGCCUGUCCGUGGCGGUGAUGGAUACCUGCUGAUGGUGUCACCAAGGGCUCAGCACCGAGGGACACCGGUGCUGCUCUGUCAUGGUGAAAUGCCAGCCUGGCCACGGGUGGCAGCUGGACUCAGUGUGCCACCAGCCAAGCAUGAAACCCCCGGGGUCUCAGGGAUGCCCCAGGCAUCUCGUGCCAGGCAGCAGGUGCACCCCUCCGGCCGUGCCUGGGCGUGGGUGCAAGGUGGCCCACCCAUCGCAACCAAGCUACGAACCACUGAUGCCUCCUGGGACUUGACUGCUGCACUGGGCCUGGUGGGGAGUCUUGAUGCUCUUGCAGCGGCAUCAUGCACCGGCAGUGCUUUUGGGGGAGGAUUUUGGUGGGUUCUCGCCCACCUGAGCCCCUGUGUGUGUUGUUUCACAGCCAGGGAGUCUGCUACUGCCUUCCCCUCCCUGCCUGGCACAAGCGACUGGCUGAGGUCGGCUGAGCUCUGACAGAUCCCUCUGCUCCAGCAGGAUGUGGUUUGAAAAUGAAAAUAUCAGCGAGGACAGACCUUCCUUAACGGCAGCAGCACUGCACGCCCCAGCUGCCCGGGGAGCUGGUGACACCCGGCUCUGGGCGUUUCGCAUGGGGCGAUCGCUGCUCGCAGCCCGGCCGGUGAACCCGUGGUGGGGACAGACCCGAGGGAAACGCAGCAGCUGUGGGCACUGCCUUGCUGAGCAGAUAUUUUGGGGCAGGGCACCAUCCACAGUCCAGCUCGCUAAGGGGAAGCAUCGCUCGCGGUGACGAAUGGGAACGUAUGUGUCAGCAGUGGAGGGUGUCGAAUGAUUCAUGUGCCAAAUGGGAGCAAAGCUGGUGUCUCGUGCUGGUGUUUCUCUUUUCCCCAAUGUUUUAUAUCAGUGCUAAAGCUGCUGGGUCGGAGGUGGGGUGACCCACCCUGGGUCUGGAGGGAGCAGUCAGGGUGCCCCAGGUUUGGAUUGGGUGGCUCUGGCUCCCUUUGCCCCCUUGGGAAAGGCACAAGAUUUUGCUACAAUAAAAGUUGCUUCAGAAAUUC